AUGGCGGACAGACUGUUCCUUACCAAGUGAUUGGUAGCCCGCAGUCAAGAUGGCGGCAGAGUAGCCUCACUGCCCACAAUCAAGAUGGCGGCCUGCGAGAAGCGGCGAUCAGCUCCGGCCCCGGCGACUGGGAGCGGGCUCGUGGAGCCGGUUCGGGCGGGAGUUGCAGGCCGGGAGCCGGAGAGCGAGGCCGAGUUCCUGCUCCAAGCCGGGGUGACGUCCAUGGUGCGGGAGGCGCUGCUGAAGGUGCUGGAGGCUCGGCCCGAGGAGCCCGUCUCCUUCCUGGCCAGUUACUUCGAAAAGCUGGUGCUGAGCGGCCCCCAGGGCGGUGCUGCCGCGGACCGGCACAGGCAGCAGCAGCGCCUCGUCCGGGCCCUGUGGUACGUGCGCCUGGCCCACCAUUCACACAGGACUGCCUUUAACAACAACGUCAGCAUGGCUUACGAGUGCCUGAGUGCCAGAAGCAGGAGGAAGAAGCCAGGUGUCAAUGGGAGAAUCUACAGUGAGUUGCUCAAGAAGAUCUGCCAAGAUGGGGAAGCCCCUGAAGAGGUUGUUUCUUCUUUGCUGAAGAAGAUCCAGUGCCGGGACCAUGAGGCGGUGCCUUUUGAUGUCUUCCGCUAUGGGGUGCUCAGCUGCUUUGUGCUUCUUGAGUUUGUGGCCAAGGCUGAUACUUUGUACGACGUACUUGAUGAUGGUUCUGGCGUGGCGGAUAAAAGGAUUUGCCAGGCAGUCCUGGGCACUCUGGAAGAUGCUCUUGGAGCCAGCGACUUCUCUGUGCCCAUCCGUUACUUGGAGGCCGGCUCCAAGCUGGGACCAGACUGUUUGGCUUUGGCCAUGGACAAAGCAUUGCUAGAGAGGAAGAUUUGCUCCUCCAUGAACAGGGAAGAGUUUCUAAAGAAAGCCACAGCCCUAUUCAUUGCAAAAGUAAAGCCCAUUGACUGA